UUUCCAUUUUCCACUAAUAAAAAGUAAAAAGUCUUACAGAAAAGAAAAAAAAAACAACAUCCACAAAAAAGAAAAUGUGACUUUGGGUGAAAAGAAAAAAGAAGAAACGUAAUAAAAAAGAAAAAUAAUAGUAGUAAUAAACAAAAUUUUAUAGCUGCCAAUUUGGGUUGCCAAUAUUGGAUGUCCUCAUUUCACCAACCCUCAAACAGUGGUCACCUACUCCCCUACCAAUCUUAUACAAAACCCAAAAUAUAUUUUUUAAAAAAUAUCACCACUUUGAAGUUUGAACCCAUCUGAGUUCCUAUAAAAAUCAAACGUUAUUUCCCCAUUUCCAAUCCCAGGAUUCAUCGGAUAACUCGAGACAAUCCAAAGGAAAGAAAAAAACAAACCUCGGGAACAUAUUCUCCUUUUGAAUCCCAGAAAAUUAUUUACAAACAAAGAUGGCUCAGAAUGGAGAAGGAAAGGACCUCAAGCAUGCCGAAGUUGGGCAUAAGAGCCUUUUGCAGAGUGAUGCACUCUUCCAGUACAUCUUGGAAACCAGUGUGUAUCCAAGAGAGCCAGAGCCCAUGAAAGAGCUUAGGGAAUUGACUGCUAAGCAUCCAUGGAAUCUUAUGACAACCUCUGCUGAUGAAGGCCAGUUCUUGAGCAUGAUUCUCAAGUUAAUCAACGCCAAGAAAACCAUGGAAAUUGGUGUUUACACCGGAUAUUCUCUCCUGGCCACCGCUCUAGCUCUUCCAGAAGAUGGAAAGAUUUUGGCAAUGGACAUCAACAGAGAAAACUACGAAUUGGGUCUCCCAAUAAUUGAGAAGGCAGGCGUUGCCCAUAAAAUUGAUUUCAGAGAAGGCCCUGCUUUGCCUGUUCUUGAUCAGCUCAUCGAGGAGGGCACGAAUCAGGGGACAUUUGAUUUCAUAUUCGUGGAUGCUGACAAGGACAAUUACAUUAACUACCACAAGAGGAUCAUCGAGUUGGUCAAGGUUGGUGGUCUGAUCGGUUACGACAACACCUUGUGGGGUGGCUCAGUGGUGGCGCCGCCUGAUGCUCCCAUGAGGAAAUACGUCAGGUACUACCGGGACUUCGUGUUGGAGCUUAACAAAGCCCUCGCCGCCGAUCCCAGGAUUGAGAUCUGUAUGCUUCCGGUGGGUGACGGAAUCACCCUGUGCCGCCGCAUCAGCUAAAAAUUUCAUCCACCAUUUUGGAUUUUGGCCAAAUCUAUAUUUUAUUAUGUGCAAAUUUAAGUAAAAUGGAUGUCCUAAAAUUCCCAACUUUUUAUUUUUCGCCUUGUAUUCUUUUUUCUUUUUUCUUUGAAAGUAGCAGCUGUGUUUGUGUUUACUUUCAAAUAUCUAUCAAAUCAAUAUGACUUUUUAAUGCUCAUAAAUAAUGAAACUUGUAAUUUCUACUCCAAACUAGUAGUCCCAUCCGUCGUUUCCUUUAUUUGGUUUGGAAGUUAUAUAUGUA